UUUUAUUUUGAAAACAUUCCACGUCUCAUGGUUUCACUUUCUGGUUACGCGCAAUAAAGCGUCAGCAGCAGCAGCAGCAGCAGCAGCGUGUUGAGAUGUAAACAUGGACAGGCCGGACACUACAUUCAGUCUGGUUUAUAUAGUGCUCUCGCUAUGUUUUGUUUUUACACCCAAUGAGUUUCGCUCGGCUGGUUUUACAGUACAGCACAUGUUCUCAGGAUGGUUGGGCAGUGAAGACAUCAGCUUUAUUCAUCAUCACAUCAAGAGAACAACACUAACACUGAUCGUCCACUGUUUCCUGCCACUGGGUUACUACAUAGGAAUGUGUUUCGCUGCUCCUGAACAGAAUCUUCUAUAUAUCCAUCAUGCAAGUCAAGGAUGGCAAAUCUAUCUUACCGUUUCACUGGCCAUUCAGCUCGUGAGUUGUGCACUGGCUUUCUAUUGGUCCAGACAAGGAUGGGUGAAUCAUCCCAUAUGUAAAGCUCUCAGCGUUCACGCCCCCCCAAACUCCAGCUGGAGGGCCGUGGCGUCAUCCAUCAACACUGAAUUUCGCCGCAUUGACAAAUUUGCUUCGGGUUCUCCAAGUGCAAGAGUGAUUGUCACCGAUACCUGGGUGCUGAAGGUCACCACGUAUCACUUGCAUGUUGCUCUUCAUCAGGACUGUCAUUUGACCGUCACCGACUCCAAACAUCACAGCCUGUCGCCUGAUUUAAACACACCAGUGCAGAUAGUCACCAUCACUGUUGCCAGUAUCAAUCCCAGAGUCAAGUCUUUUGACAUAAGGUUAAAAUCUACAGAGUAUGUUGAGCUACAGGAUAAACUGCACGCACCAAUCAGAAAUGCUGCCAAUGUGGUUAUCCAUCUGACCAUGAGUGAGCUGUUUCUGGAUACCUUCAAGUCAUAUGUGAGGAUGAAUGAUGUUUACAGGUGCCCGAGUGGACAGGAACUCGAGGCGUGUAUUGGAUGUAUGCAGGUCAAUGCUAACGUCAAACUUCUGCGGCUGUGUCACGAUGACGGUGAAUGUCAGCUGUGUUUCUGUCGGCCCAUGUGGUGUCUUACGUGUAUGGGUAAAUGGUUUGCCAGUCGACAGGACCAGCAGCAGCCAGAGACGUGGCUGAGCAGCAGGGUCCCAUGUCCAACCUGCAGGGCCAAAUUCUGCAUUUUAGAUGUCUGUCCUAUUAUUUGAUUAAAUAUGGAAUCGUUAUCCGUAGAUCUUUCUCAACUUGGUAUUUCUGAGCAUUUGUGCAAAACGCCUUAAUAGGAUAUUUUCCUAUCAGAUACUGUAUGUGUCUAGAUUUCGCUCAACAAACAUACAAGGCAAAAUUCAACAUAGAUUUCCUAAAUCUCUCAAUGUAGUAACAUAUUUUUCCAUAUUUCACAUAUUAUGGAUUCUCAAAAAUAUGUCAAAGCCAAAACAUUAACACUAUUUUUUUGCCAUUAAAAUAAGUUACCCCUCACAAAUCUCAUUUUGAUGAAAAGAAAUGUUAAGAUUUAUAUUUUAUGGCAUUUUCACAUUAUGGUGGUAUUAAUUUGUGCUGAUUUUAAAAUAAAAACUUAUUUCAUAAUAACAGUCACGUACUUGUUUUAUAUCAGCAAAAUGAAUAGUUGAAUAUUCCGUAAUAAAACAAUAAAAGAACAGGCAUUUUUUUCCUUUAAUUUUUUGUUUUAAGAUUUUUUUUGUUUAGCAGACAGACAUUCACUGUUUCCUAAUCCCUGCACACACACAUUUGGUCUGAUGGAAACAUAUUCAUUAGAGAAUAAAGGUGUUGACAAUCAAACAAUAGUGUUUUCGUGCUCAAAUGUUUACCAGAUGUUUGUUUACAGAGGAACUUUAACUUCCUGAAUUGUAUCAGUUACUGUUUUCAAGGCUAAAUCAUUUACUGUCAUUGAUAUUUACAUUAAUCUUGUUAUAAAAGGCACAUACUGUAGAUGUUUUGAAGAGUAAACCCAAUGGUAUAUAUUUACACGUUUUAAGUUCAACAGUUAAAUCACUUUACAUCAUCAUGUUUAUUAAAAUUUAGUUCAUACUAUUGAAUGUCUUCACAGUACAUCAUCAGACGCCAAUCAUAGCAAACAAUGAAUUCAUUCAAAACAAAACAGUUUCAAUUCAGAGAAUCAUAAUUGUUGUGUUUGGACUGUCUUUGUACUUUUUUCAUGUAAUAAUGUCUCAAUGUGGACAGCUGUUUCUGAACUUAAAAUAUCAGUAAAAAAUAACAAUUUCUCAUUGUUCAUGGGCUUUAUUUACGUACAAUAUCAUUUAUUUUUGUGAGAAAGCAGCAUUUUGGUAUUACAUGCAGUAAAACAAUAAUUUGUUUUAUAUUUAAUUCACAUGAUUCUGUUUUAGCAUAUUUAGACAAUUAUUUUCCAAUUCUCACUGUCAGAAAGUUCUUGAAAUGUCUGUAGCACGAGGAAGGUGGGAUGAAUGAUGAUGGGUGACUACGUCUAGAAGUCUAAAACAAUCAAAUGGACACUUAUGAAGUUUUGGACGACUCAUCAUUUGUAACUGUUAUGUUAAACUGUUGUUUUGAGCUCAGUGUUAUGCUCAUCCUUGUCAUGCCUGCAUACGAGUAUACCGAAAUGUAUAAAUGUGUAAAUUUUUCA